CGCUUGGCCGCGGAGGAGGCGGCCCGGCCCGGGCGGCGGCGGCGGUGCUGCGCGCGCCGAAGGGAAACGGAGCCUGCCAAGGUGGCGCCCGGCAGGGCCAUGGUGGCCGGCGCCCGUGGCGGCUGCGCGACGGCGGGGGCUGCCCGGCGGGGCUUCUUGGCUCUGCUGCUCGCGGUCUCCGCGCCGCUCUGGUUGCAGGCGGAGGAGUUGGGUGAUGGCUGUGGGCACAUAGUGACCUAUAAGGACAGUGGCACGAUGACAUCUAAGAAUUAUCCAGGGACUUACCCCAAUCACACUGUUUGUGAAAAGACGAUCACAGUACCGAAAGGGAAGAGACUGAUCCUGAGGUUGGGAGAUUUGGAUAUUGAAUCCCAGACCUGUGCUUCUGACUACCUUCUCUUCACUAGCUCUUCUGACCAAUAUGGUCCAUAUUGUGGAAGCAUGACUGUUCCCAAAGAGCUUUUGCUGGACACCAAUGAAGUAACUGUUCGCUUUAAGAGUGGAUCCCACAUUUCUGGGCGGGGCUUUUUGCUAACGUAUGCCAGCAGCGACCAUCCAGAUUUAAUAACGUGUUUGGAACGAGCUAACCAUUAUUUGAAGACAGAAUACAGCAAGUUCUGCCCAGCUGGUUGUAGAGACAUAGCAGGAGAUAUUUCUGGAAAUGUGGUGGAUGGAUAUAGAGAUACCUCUUUAUUGUGCAAAGCCGCCAUCCAUGCGGGAAUAAUUGCCGAUGAACUGGGUGGUCAGAUCAGCGUGCUCCUGCGCAAAGGGUUAAGUCGAUAUGAAGGAAUCCUGGCCAAUGGUGUGCUGUCAAGGGAUGGUUCCCUGUCAGACAAGCGAUUUCUGUUUACCUCCAAUGGUUGUAGCACAUCCUUGAGUUUGGAACCUGAGAGACAAAUCAGAGCUUCUUCUUCUUGGGAGUGGAUCAAUGAGACUGGAGAUCAGGUUCGUUGGUCUCCUGGCCAAGCUCGACUUCAGGACCAAGGCCCGUCGUGGGCUUCAGGGGACCGGAGCAAGAAUCACAAACAGCGAGAGUGGCUGAGGAUAGAUUUGGGAGAGAGAAAGAAAAUAACAGGAAUUAGGACCACAGGAUCCACACAAUCAAAUUUCAACUUUUACGUAAAGAGUUUUGUAAUGAACUUCAAAGACAAUGACUCCAAGUGGAAGACUUACAAAGGAAUUGGGAAUAAUGAAGAAAAGGUGUUUCAGGGCAACUCUAAUUUUCGGGAUCCCGUGCGGAACAACUUCAUCCCUCCCAUUGUGGCCAGAUACAUACGCGUUAUCCCCCAUACCUGGCACCAGAGGAUAGCCUUGAAAGUGGAGCUUCUUGGCUGCCAGAUUACACCAAGUAGGACUCAGGGUAAUGACUCAUUGGUGUGGCCCAGAACAAGUUCAAAUACUGUUGGCUCAACUAAAAGAGAAGAUGAGACAAUCUCACAACCCAUCCCCUCUGAAGAAAUGACCAAAGGAUUAAACAUCACAACUGUUGUUAUUCCACUGGUGCUCCUCGCCCUGCUGAUUGCUGGAGUGGGAACUUUUGCAAUCCUUAGAAAGAGGAAGAAGAAAGGAAAUCCUUAUGGAUCAGCUAAGACUCAGAAAACAGAUUGUUGGAAGCAGAUCAAAUAUCCCUUUGCCAGGCAUCAGUCAGCUGAGUUUACCAUCAGCUACGAUCAUGAAAAGGAGAUGACACAAAAGUUGGAUCUCAUCACAAGUGAUAUGGCAGAUUACCAGCAGCCUCUCAUGAUUGGCACCGGGACGGUCACCAGGAAAGGCUCCACCUUCCGGCCGAUGGACACCGAGGCGGAGGCGGCAGGGCCGGGUGCCGAGUCCCGCAGCCACUACGACUGCCCCCUCCCGGCCAGCCGCCACCAGUACGCCCUGCCCUUGACCCACCCGGAGCCCGAGUACGCCACGCCCAUCGUGGAGCGGCACCUGGCCCGCGCGCACACCUCCUCCGCACGGUGCGGCCCCCGCGGCCCGGGCCCCGGGCCCGCGCACAAGCAUUCCCUCUCCUCCAGUGCCUUCUCCCCGGACGCCGGCUACCAGCAGCCGCAGAGCCCCACGGGCCCGGGCUACGACAGGCCCACGGGCAGCGGCUUGGCCGCGGGGCGCGCCCUUCCCGACUAUCAGAAGCCCCAGAUCGGACCCGCGACCUCUGCUGCCUACUUGGCCCCCAGAGACUGCCUCAGACCCCUCAACCCGACGGCCAUGACCGCUCUUCUGUGAACACAAUGUGAAAGCAAGCUGCUGUGGUACUGAGCGUCGGCCCUGGAGGGAGGUGUGCGUGUGCGCGUGUGUGUGUGCGCGUAUGUGUUUUAAUAGGAUCCUGCUGUGGAGUCCUAGAGACUUCCUCUCACACUGUUUACAGAAUUGUGCAGCUGGUUUUGUUCUGAUCCUUAGAGCAAGCAUCUGUGGGUUUUUUGUUAGGCUGAAAAACUGAAAAAUCUCAUAUGGCAUUUUCACUUCUCUGACUGUGAUAACUGAGCUGCUUCGGUGUAAAAUGUGCAAUCUGUACAGAGUUGUAUUUAACAAAAAGUAACUUAAGUUUGCUUUAGCAGGUUUUAGUUCUGCACAGAGGUUAAGUGGAAGAACACAGCUGUUGCAAAAACGUUUAUGAUAGUAUGUCUACUUUUAAAAUAUAUUUUUCUGAUGCUGUGUUAGCAGCAGGUCUGUUUAAAGUUAAUCGUGUUGUUAUUAUGGUUCAUUUCCUUUCCUUUGAUACGGAGAACUAAAAGCAUUGUUAACAUUCUUCUCCUGGAAGGAAUGAAAUUACUUGAAGCAUGAAAAGCACAUCAGGGUGGUUGCUAGCAAUUAUGAUUGUAGAUUAAAAAGAACCAACAAACAAAACCCAACCAUUUCAGCAGCUGCCUGUUCCUUAAACUCCACUUCAGGUGAGAUGCAGUGGCUGGUCAGGACAUGCAAGAAGCAGGUCCCCAUGGCCUGCGGGGGACCCCACUGUCCUUAGCCUGGGGGACCUGGCUCUCUGAGCAGCUGCCUCCAUCACACUGUGCUUCUUGCUCACCUCUGGCCUGGCAGAUAUUGUACAGCUUUCACAUGCAAAUCUGCCUUUUCAAACUGUCUUGCAACGCCAAAUGCCGAGACUUCCAGCAACCAAACUGCUCUCUCAACUGAAUGAAGCAACCAAAACUGCUCUCUCAACUGAAUGAAGGUGGCACAGCAAUUUCACUCUGAAUUACUGUGUCAGAUGCUUUUUUGUACCUCAGAUUAAAAAUAUUGCUGAAAUCAGACGCCCACACGUUUCAUGACUUUCUUCUAAAAUAGCACACUGUACUCUGAAACGCGAAAAGUUAUUUGGAGUGUUUUCUUAGAAAAGUGACUGAAGCCAGAUCUACAGAGCUUUUCUACUGAGAUGGUUAGAAACAACGUAUUUUGUAAGAAAAUUUCCCUCAAGUACAUGUCUCUAAUUCCAGAUUAGCCCAGACCUCAGCUGCACCUCCUCUUCCAUAGUUUUUAUCUGAGUUUGCUUUGUGAGUUCACUGUGAGGGGAAUUUAACCUCUUUUGCCAAAGAGGAAAGUGUUUUGUUUGUUUUUAAUUGAAAAUGUGGACCAAAAGUCCUUUCCCUAAAAAAAUGUAUUAUAAUCCUAUUUGUACGACUGUGACUUUCUGUGAAACACACAAAUUUUAAAAUACUGAGGUGCUGGCAGGUCACGGCAGACUGUGGUUAUUGUGGAAGAUAAACCAUUUACCUUGUGAGUUUACCUGGUUUUCUAUGCAUACUAAUUGUAAUAAAUUAUGCAAAACCAA